GACAUCAAGGGACACAACUGGGGAGAGGAAGACUCUGAUGGGGAAAACGAAUGUGGGGAGUUCCUAUAUGGAGUACAGGGCACAUGCUGCGCUGACCUGUACAGACACCCUCAGCUAGAUGCAGACAUUGAAGCUGUUAAGGAGAUAUAUGGUGAAAAUGCGGUAUCUGUAAGGGAGUAUGGGACCAUUGAUGAUGCUGACAUCGACCUGCACAUUAACAUUAGUUUCCUGGAUGAGGAGGUAGCCACUGCGUGGAAAGUAAUUCGCACAGAGCCUAUAGUCCUUCGUUUGCGUUUUUCACUUUCUCAGUAUCUGGAUGGUCCUGAACCUACCAUUGAUGUCUUUCAGCCAUCAAACAGAGAUGACUUUGGGCUGGGAAUACAGCUAAAGAAGAUCUUGUCCCUGUUCUCGUCUCACCAGUGGCGGUAUCUCAGUAAUGAGGUCUUACGCUCACAGCAGGAGAGAAGGCUACGUUGGCUUAGAGUCAGUGGUAGUAUUAAAAGGUUUCGAGCUGGGUUGAGCAUCUUCUCUCCAGUCCCUAAGUCUCCCAGUUUCCCAGGAGUUCAGGACUCUGCUGUGCGGAGUAGCCUCACAGGGUCAGAUCUCAGAAGUGGUCUUGCAGGAACAGAUCUCCGUGGUCCCCGUCUCAUGAACAGAUCAGUGUCCUGCACUCUAAGAAACCCUAAAUCUGAGCUAUAUGGCAGUCAUACCACAACACAGGUCAGUGGACACUGUAAGACAGUUCCUACUCUAGAAUAUGGCUUUUUGGUACAGAUAAUGAAGUAUGCAGAACAGCGCCUCCCAACUUUAAAUGAGUAUUGUGUAGUAUGUGAUGAGCAGCAUGUCUUCCAGAAUGCAUCCAUGCUCAAGCCAGCAGUGUGUACUAGAGAGCUUUGUGUUUUCUCAUUUUACACUCUGGGAGUGAUGUCUGGGGCUGCCGAAGAAGUGGCUACAGGAGCUGAGGUUGUAGGUCUGCUGGUUGCCAUGUGUCGAGCGGCCUUGGAGUCACCACGGAAAAGUAUCAUAUUUGAGCCAUAUACCCUUCAGUAGUGGACCCUAAUGACCCUAAAACACUGGCCUUUAACCCUAAGAAGAAGAACUAUGAACGUCUCCAAAAAGCCUUAGACAGUGUCAUGUCCAUCCGAGAGAUGACCCAGGGGUCAUACUUGGAAAUCAAAAAAAACAAAUGGACCGCCUUGACCCACUGGCUCACCCAUUAUUGCAAUGGAUCAUUUCCAGUAACAGAUCCCAUAUUGUAAAGCUGCCCCUCAGCAGGCUGAAGUUCAUGCACACCUCUCAUCAGUUUUUGCUGCUCAGUAGCCCCCCAGCCAAGGAGGCCCGAUUCCGAACUGCCAAGAAACUCUACGGAAGCACAUUCGCCUUUCACGGCUCUCAUAUUGAGAACUGGCACUCUAUUCUGAGGAAUGGGCUAGUAAAUGCAUCCUACACUAAACUGCAGUUGCAUGGAGCAGCAUACGGGAAAGGAAUCUACCUUAGUCCCAUCUCCAGUAUUUCUUUUGGAUACUCAGGUAUGGGGAAGGGGCAACAUCGGAUGCCAUCCAAGGAUGAGCUGGUACAGAGAUACAAUAGGAUGAACACAAUUCCUCAGACUCGAUGUCUCCAGUCCCGUUUUUUGCAGAGUCGGAAUCUCAAUUGUAUUGCACUGUGUGAAGUAAUAACAUCAAAGGAUCUGCAGAAGCAUGGGAAUAUUUGGGUGUGCCCAGUGUCUGACCAUGUCUGCACACGAUUUUUCUUUGUGUAUGAAGAUGGCCAGGUGGGCGAUGCCAACAUUAACACUCAGGACCCCAAGAUCCAAAAGGAGAUCAUGAGAGUGAUUGGAACCCAGGUGUACAGCGAUGA